AUAAUUGGACAACUUCCCAUUUUAUUCGCAGACAUUUUGUUGUACUCCGAGUGAUAGGCACUUUAUUUUGCUGGUCUAUCUCUAUAGUCCUAUGCAGGAGUUAAUCAGUGUGUGGGUCCGGGAUCCUCGCAUUCAAAAGGAGGACUUCUGGCAUGCAUAUCUGGAUUAUGAAAUCUGCAUACAUACAAACAGUUUGGCCUUCAAUAAGAAGAACUCUUGUGUGCGAAGGAGGUACAGUGAGUUUGUAUGGUUGAGGCAGAAGCUGCAGGAGAAUGCCUUGCUUGCAAUGAAUCUACCUGAGCUUCCCCCAAAGAACCCAUUCUUCAGCCUCAACAAUGCCAGACAGAUCACUGCUCGCAUGGAAGGACUAAGGCACUUCCUGGAAGAGAUCAUGCGCAACCCAGUGUUGCUGUCUGAUAGCUGUCUGCACCUCUUCCUGCAAUCUCAGCUGAGUGUAAGGAAUAUUGAGGCCUGUGCUGAGGGCAGAAAAAACUACACUGUCACUGAGGCCAUUCAGAGAUCUGGUGCCCAGGCACAACGUUUUGGCUCUGAAGAAACCUCACAAGAGGAGAGAGAAUCUGACUCUGAAUGACUGGCUUUUGUCACAUUUAUUUUGGUCAUGGCUGUUGAUUUAUCUCUGUAAAAAAAAAUUUUUUUAAUUUUUUUUAAAAAAAACAAAAAACAUUUAAACAUAGUGUAUUUGCCACAGUGUCUAGAAUUCAAGCCAUCCAACCCAAAAUGGGAUAAAUGCCUAUGUGAAAAGUAAUUACUAAAUGAUUAAUAUAA